ACAUACAUGAAGCUAUGACAACCACACAGAGAGGAAAGGUGCUCUUCUGUUACCUUAUAAUAAUGAUGGGACGGAGUCUGCCUGGAAAGUGGGGGUUUAUCACAGUGACAUCUUCGCAAUCAACAGCAUCAUCAAAUCUAUCAACAUCUAGUCAGUCAACUACAGAAAGUAUCCCCACAACAACACUGCAGUCAGCUUACACAAGUCAGUCAACAAUGCAAACUUCCACUCCUUCAACAGAGACAUCUACAACAUCAGCACUAUCACCAAGUCCGUCAACAUCAGGCUCUACAGUAUCCACUAGUAAGACAACUAUUCAAAGUACCCCCUCAACAUCAUUACAAUCAACAUCCACAAGUCAGUCAUCAACGGAAAUGUCCAAUCCUUCAUCAGUGACAUCAGCAGUGACAUCAAUUUUGUCAACAUCACACACUACAAUACCAGUUUCCAAUGGUGAGACAACUACUGAGAGUACCCCCACAACAUCACUACAAUCAACUUCCACAAGUCAGUCAUCAACGGAAACUUCCACUCCAUCAACAGGUACAUCUACGAUAUCAGCAGUGACAUCAAGUUCGUUCAUAUCAACCACUACAACACCACUUUCCAGUAGUGAGACAACUACUGAAAGUUCUCCCACAACAUCAAAACAAUCAACUUCCACAAGUCAGUCAUCAAUAGAAACUUCCACUCCGUCAACAGAGACAUCUACGAUAUCAGCAGUGACAUUACGUUCAUCAACAUCAGCCAGUACAACACCAGUUUCCACUAGUGAGACAAGUACUGAAAAUUCUCCCACAACUUCACUACAAUCAACUUCAACAAGUCAGUCAUCAACGGAAACUUCCACUCCUUCAACAGGGACAUCUACAACAUUAGCAGUAACAUCAAGUCAGUCAACAUCAGCCACUACAACACCAAUUUCCACUAGUGAGACAACUACUGAAAGUUCUCCCACAACAUCAAAACAAUCAACUUCCACAAGUCAGUCAUCAAUGGAAACUUCUUCUCCUUCAACAGAGACAUCUACGAUAUCAGCAGUGACAUUACGUUCAUCUACAUCAGCCAGUACAACACCAGUUUCCACUAGUGAGACAAGUACUGAAAGUUCUCCUACAACAUCAGUACAAUCAACUUCCACAAUUCAGUCAUCAACGGAAACUUUCACUCCUUCAACAGAGACAUCUACGACAUUAGCAGUGACCUCAAGUCAGUCAACAUCAGCCACUAUAACACCAGUUUCUACUAGUGAAACAACUACUGAAAGUUCUCCCACAACAUCAGUACAACCAACUUCCACAAGUCACUCAUCAACGGAAACUUCCACUCCUUCAACAGGGACAUUUACGAUAUCAGCAGUGACAUUACGUUCAUCAACAUCAGCCAGUACAACACCAGUUUCCACUAGUGAGACAAGUACUGAAAGUUCUCCUACAACAUCAGUACAAUCAACUUCCACAAUUCAGUCAUCAACGGAAACUUUCACUCCUUCAACAGAGACAUCUACGACAUUAGCAGUGACCUCAAGUCAGUCAACAUCAGCCACUAUAACACCAGUUUCUACUAGUGAAACAACUACUGAAAGUUCUCCCACAACAUCAGUACAACCAACUUCCACAAGUCACUCAUCAACGGAAACUUCCACUCCUUCAACAGGGACAUUUACGAUAUCAGCAGUGACAUUACGUUCAUCAACAUCAGCCAGUACAACACCAGUUUCCACUAGUGAGACAAGUACUGAAAGUUCUCCCACAACAUCAGUACAAUCAACUUCCACAAUUCAGUCAUCAACGGAAACUUUCACUCCUUCAACAGAGACAUCUACGACAUCAGCAGUAACAUCAAGUCAGUCAACAUCAGCCACUACAACACCAAUUUCCACUAGUGAGACAACUACUGAAAGUUCUCCCACAACAUCAAAACAAUCAACUUCCACAAGUCAGUCAUCAAUGGAAACUUUUUCUCCUUCAACAGAGACAUCUACGAUAUCAGCAGUGACAUUACGUUCAUCAACAUCAGCCAGAACAACACCAGUUUCCACUAGUGAGACAAGUACUGAAAAUUCUCCCACAACUUCACUACAAUCAACUUCACCAAGUCAGUCAUCAACGGAAUUUUCGACUCCUUCAACAGAGACAUCUACGACAUCAGCAGUGACGUCAAGUCAGUCAACCUCAUCCACUGCAAUACCAGUUUCCAAUAGUGAAAGAACUACUGAGAGUACCACCAUAACAUCACAACAAUCAAUUUCUACAAGUCAGUCAUCAACAGAAACUUCCACUCCUUCAACAGGGACAUCUACAACAUCAGCAGUGACAUCAAGUACGUCAACAUCAGCCACUACAACACCAGUUUCCAGUACUGAGACAACUACUGAAAGUUCUCCCACAAUAUCAGUACAACCAGCUUCCACAAGUCAGUCAUCAAUGGACACUUCCACUCCUUUAACAGGGAAAUCUACGACAUCAGCAGUGACAUCAAGUCAGUCAACAUCAGCCACUAUAACACCAGUUUCUACUAGUGAAACAACUACUGAAAGUUCUCCCACAACAUCAAUACAACCAACUUCCACGAGUCACUCAUCAACGGAAACUUCCACUCCUUCAACAGGGACAUCUACGAUAUCAGCAGUGACAUUACGUUCAUCAACAUCAGCCAGUACAACACCAGUUUCCACUAGUGAGACAAGUACUGAAAAUUCUCCCACAACUUCACUACAAUCAACUUCAACAAGUCAGUCAUCAACGGAAAAUUCGACUCCUUCAACAGAGACAUCUACGACAUCAGCAGUGACAUCAAGUCACUCAACCUCAGCCACUACAAUACCAGUUUCCAAUAGUAAAACAACUACUGAGAGUACCCCCAUAACAUCACAACAAUCAACUUCCACAAGUCAGUCAUCAACGGAAACUUCCACUCCUUCAACAGGGACAUCUACAACAUCAGCAGUAACAUCAAGUCAGUCAUCAUCAGCCACUACAACACCAAUUUCCACUAGUGAGACAACUACUGAAAGUUCUCCCACAACAUCAAAACAAUCAACUUUCACAAGUCAGUCAUCAAUGGAAACUUCUUCUCGUUCAACAGAGACAUCUACGAUAUCAGCAGUGACAUUACGUUCAUCAACAUCAGCCAGUACACAACCAAUUUCCACUAGUGAGACAACUACUGAAAGUUCUCCCACAACAUCAAAACAAUCAACUUCCACAAGUCAGUCAUCAAUGGAAACUUCUUCUCCUUCAACAGAGACAUCUACGAUAUCAGCAGUGACAUUACGUUCAUCAACAUCAGCCAGUACAACACCAAUUUCCACUAGUGAGACAAGUACUGAAAAUUCUCCCACAACUUCACUACAAUUAACUUCAACAAGUCAGUCAUCAACGGAAACUUCGACUCCUUCAACAGAGACAUCUACGACAUCAGCAGUGACGUCAAGUCAGUCAACCUCAUCCACUGCAAUACCAGUUUCCAAUAGUGAAACAACUACUGAGAGUACCACCAUAACUUCACAACAAUCAAUUUCUACAAGUCAGUCAUCAACAGAAAUUUCCACUCCUUCAACAGAGACAUCUACAACAUCAGCAGUGACAUCAAGUACGUCAACAUCAGCCACUACAACACCAGUUUCCAGUACUGAAACAACUACUGAAAGUUCUCCUACAACAUCAGUACAACCAACUUCCACGAGUCACUCAUCAACAGAAACUUCCACUCCUUCAACAGUGACAUCCACGAUAUCAGCAGUGACAUUACGUUCAUCAACAUCAGCCAGUACAACACCAGUUUCCACUAGUGAGACAAGUACUGAAAAUUCUCCCACAACUUCACUACAAUCAACUUUAACAAGUCAGUUAUCAACGGAAAAUUCGACUCCUUCAACAGAGACAUCUACGACAUCAGUAGUGACAUCAAGUCACUCAACCUCAGCCACUACAAUACCAGUUUCCAAUAGUGAAACAACUACUGAGAGUACCCCCAUAACAUCACAACAAUCAAUUUCUACAAGUCAGUCAUCAACGGAAACUUCCACUCCUUCAACAGGAACAUCUACAACAUCAGCAGUAACAUCAAGUCAGUCAUCAUCAGCCACUACAACACCAAUUUCCACUAGUGAGACAACUACUGAAAGUUCUCCCACAACAUCAAAACAAUCAACUUCCACAAGUCAGUCAUCAAUGGAAACUUCUUCUCGUUCAACAGAGACAUCUACGAUAUCAGCAGUGACAUUACGUUCAUCAACAUCAGCCAGUACAACACCAAUUUCCACUAGUGAGACAACUACUGAAAGUUCUCCCACAAAAUCAGUACAAUCAACUUCCACAAUUCAGUCAUCAACGGAAACUUCCACUCCUUCAACAGGUACAUCUACAACAUCAGCAGUAACAUCAAGUCAGUCAACAUCAGCCACUACAACACCAAUUUCCACUAGUGAGACAUCUACUGAAAGUUCUCCCACAACAUCAAAACAAUCAACUUCCCCAAGUCAGUCAUCAAUGGAAACUUCUUCUCCUUCAACAGAGACAUCUACGAUAUCAGCAGUGACAUUACGUUCAUCAACAUCAGCCAGUACAACACCAGUUUCCACUAGUGAGACAAGUACUGAAAAUUCUCCCACAACUUCACUAAAAUCAACUUCAACAAGUCAGUCAUCAACGGAAACUUCGACUCCUUCAACAGAGACAUCUACGACAUCAGCAGUGACGUCAAGUCAGUCAACCUCAUCCACUCCAAUACCAGUUUCCAAUAGUGAAACAACUGCUGAGAGUACCCCCAUAACAUCACAACAAUCAAUUUCUACAAGUCAGUCAUCAAUGGAAACUUCCACUCCUUCAACAGGGACAUCUACAACAUCAGCAGUAACAUCAAGUCAGUCAACAUCAGCCACUACAACACCAGUUUCAACUAGUGAGACAACUACUGAAAGUUCUCCCACAACAUCAGUACAACCAACUUCCACGAGUCACUCAUCAACGGAAACUUCUUCUCCUUCAACAGGAACAUCUACAACAUCAGCAGUAACAUCAAGUCAGUCAACAUCAGCCAGUACAACACCAAUUUCCACUAGUGAGACAACUACUGAAAGUUCUCCCACAACAUCAGUACAAUCAACUUCCACAAUUCAGUCAUCAACGGAAACUUCCACUCCUUCAACAGGUACAUCUACAACAUCAGCAGUAACAUCAAGUCAGUCAACAUCAGCCAGUACAACACCAGUUUCCACUAGUGAGACAACUACUGAAAGUUCUCCCACAACAUCAGUACAACCAACUUCCACGAGUCAGUCAUCAACGGAAACUUCCACUCCUUCAACAGGGACAUCUACAACAUCAGCAGUAACAUCAAGUCAGUCAACAUCAGCCACUACAACACCAACUUCGACUAGUGAGACAACUACUGAAAGUUCUCCCACAACAUCAAAACAAUCAACUUCCACAAGUCAGUCAUCAAUGGAAACUUCUUCUCCUUCAACAGAGACAUCUACGAUAUCAGCAGUGAUAUUAAGUUCAUCAACAUCAGCCAGUACAACACCAGUUUCCAGUAGUGAGACAAGUACUGAAAAUUCUCCCACAACUUCACUACAAUCAACUUCAACAACUCAGUCAUCAACGGACACUUCGACUCCUUCAACAGAGACAUCUACGACAUCAGGAGUGACGUCAAGUCAGUCAACCUCAUCCACUGCAAUACCAGUUUCCAAUAGUGAAACAACUACUGAGAGUACCCCCAUAACAUCACAACAAUCAAUUUCCACGAGUCACUCAUCAACGGAAACUUCUUCUCCUUCAACAGGAACAUCUACAACAUCAGCAGUAACAUCAAGUCAGUCAACAUCAGCCACUAAAACACCAUUUUCCACUAGUGAGACAAGCACUGAAAGUUCUCACGCAACAUCAAUACAAUCAACUUCCACAAGUCAGUCAUCAACGGAAACUUCCACUCCUUCAACAGGGACAUCUACAACAUCAGCAGUAACAUCAAGUCAGUCAACAUCAGCCACUACAACACCAACUUCGACUAGUGAGACAACUACUGAAAGUUCUCCCACAACAUCAAAACAAUCAACUUCCACAAGUCAGUCAUCAAUGGAAACUUCUUCUCCUUCAACAGAGACAUCUACGAUAUCAGCAGUGAUAUUAAGUUCAUCAACAUCAGCCAGUACAACACCAGUUUCCAGUAGUGAGACAAGUACUGAAAAUUCUCCCACAACUUCACUACAAUCAACUUCAACAACUCAGUCAUCAACGGACACUUGA